AUGGCGAUGCAAACGUCCACCGACUUAAACGACGUUGCCGACGACUCUAGCCACGACAUUGUGCUCAGUCGCGAAGACUACGACCUCCUUCAUGCCUUUCACCGGUUGAUUCCACUCCCGGCGCUGUCGUCUGGCAUCACACGGAUCGUGUGCGAAGAAGACCUCCAAGUCCCAGACGACGACGAUGCUGCCAGUGCUCCGGUCACGACCAAGCGAAAGUCGCAUGUUGAGACUGUGCGGCAGCUGCGGGCAUCCGACCCGACACCGUCUUCCCCCGGACAUCUCAAGCCGCGAUUUGUUGUCAAUCUUGCCAAAGCCAGCCCUCGGCAAGCCGAGCUGCGGCCAGAGAGCUCCUAG